ACGCGGAAGCGACACAAAGCAGGGAAUUUGAAAACUUCUCGCGUGGGGCAUAUGUUCGUUUGGAACGUAUAGAGAAGAGGCAGCUUUACGUUUUUCCCUAGCCAGGCUUACCUAUAAACAGAAUUAGGAGCACCAUCUGAUCCUCCGGAUAGCCAACGGCAACGGAGGAUAUAUCGCCUGAUAACGUCACCAUCUCCUACAUUUUCAAAAUCUCCGUAUUCUGGUCUGUUUUGAUUUUGAUUUAACCGCUCAAAAUUAUCUUCGAUGGCCGCCAAUUCGAGCCGAGGUGGUUCCUUAUACGGUGGUGCUGCUCCUUACAGAUCGAGGGAAGGACUCAGCACGAGACCGGUGGCGGGCUCCGAUGAAAUACAAUUACGGAUUGAUCCGAUGCAAGGCGACUUCGACGAUGAGAUCUCUGGUCUCCGUAGCCAAGUUCGACAACUGAGAGAUGUGGCUCAAGAGAUAGGGACUGAAGCAAAGUUCCAAAAGGAUUUCUUGGAUAAGCUGCAAAUGACCGUGAUAAAAGCUCAAGCAGGUGUGAAGAACAACAUAAGGAAAUUGAACAGUAGCAUCAUUAAGAAUGGUGGAAACCAUGUUGUCCAUGUGGUUCUUUUUGCACUAUUUUGUUUCUUUGUUGUCUACAUGUGGUCCAAGGUAUCCAGAAGAUGAUGUGUUGCUCACUGAAAAAAUGCCAAGAUCAAUGCAUUCCAUGGAUAGAUUGGUAUUUGGAAGUUGAAUUGCAGGAUCCAUUGUAAAAUUUUUCACAUUAGUCUUUAUUUAACUUUAAAUUUUAUUAUAUUGUAGUUGAGCUCUUUUUAUUGUGUAACAAAGAGAGAUUAUCACUACACCUGAUAUCUGGUUUUUGAUGUAUAGACAAAACUAUGUUCCACGAAAUUAAGCUUUACUAAUACAAUUGUGCA